AUGCCGAGCCAAUUCCCUAACCGCUGGGCGAAGAUCCGCAAUGAGUGGCGCGACGAGUUUGCCGAAUUCUGGGGCUCAUUUAUGAUCAUUUUGUUCGGCGCCGGCGUCGAGUGCCAGGUGCGGCUGCAUUACAUGGUGAACGAAAUCGACGAGGCGUUCGGGUCCUACCUCUCGUGCCGCAUCGCAUGGGCGGCAGGCGUCGCGCUGGGUGCGUGGGUCGCCGGUGGUAUCUCGGGCGCUCACCUGAACCCCGCCGUAACGGUCGCGCUGGCCGCCUGGCGCCGCUUUCCCCGCCACAAGAUUGCGAGCUACAUUGCCGCACAGGUGCUGGGCUGCACGUUUGGUGCCUUCGUCGUCUACUACCUGUACCACGAUAGCAUUGCGCUGUUUGAAGACGGCACAAGGCACUCGGUGCUUGGUCCGCACGCCACAGCGGGUCUGUUCUUUACGUUCCCCAGUCCGCUGAUCUCGCUCGUGACCGCAUACUUGACCGAGAUCAUCGCCACCGCUACGCUCCUUUUCCUCGUGAUGGCGUUUGGCGACAAGGGCAACUGGGCCCUGUCGCAGGGCUCGCUCCCGAUCGGCUUGUUCCUUGCCGUGCUAGCGAUCGGCUCGGCGCUCGGUUUCAACACGGGCUAUGCGCUGAACCCGGCCCGCGACCUGGGCCCGCGCAUCGCGCUCACAUUCCUUGGCUACGGUUCAGAGAUUUGGACGCACGACUACGCGUACUGGUUCUUUGGCCCUGGCGUCGCACCGAUUGCGGGCGGUGUCCUGGGCGUCUUUCUCUACGACGCUUUUUUGUACACGGGCGAGGAAUCCCUCGUGAAUGCUAGUGCGGAGCCGUACAUUGCGCUGCCCACCGACGAGGCCCAGGCGCCCGGUCAUCCGUCCGACCGCGCCUAA